UUAUUUGUGCUCCUCGACUCCGUGCGAAAUUUCCAUACCUUACGUUACGUGACGCUCUUCGUCACCUGCCUGAAGCACACAAAUAAAACUACAGUAACAAACUAACAACAUAAAAAAGUGUGUAACAUUUUUCGAAAAGUCAAAAAUGGAAGGCAUAGAGCACAAGAUGAUCAGCGCCAAUGGCCUCAACAUUCACAUAGCCGAAAAAGGUCAAGGCCCUCUAGUCCUCUUCCUCCACGGCUUCCCCAAGCUCUGGUACUCCUGGCGCCACCAGCUCCACUUCAUGGCCUCUCAUGGCUACCAUGCAGUGGCGCCUGACCUCCGUGGUUACGGCGACACCACGGGGGCGCCACUGCAUGAUGCAUCCAAGUUUAGCAUGCCAUACCUUGUCGGUGACCUCGUGGCAUUGUUGGAUGUCAUUGCGCCUAAUGAGAAGGUGGUUGUGGUGGCGCAUGAUUGGGGUGCGACGAUAGCUUGGCAUUUGAGUUUGUUUAGGCCGGACAAAGUGAAGGCUUUGGUUAGCUUGAGCGUGCAUUAUAUGCCGAGGAAUCCGAAUAUAAGAGUGAUGGAUGUUAUGAAAGCUUUCUAUGGGGAGGAUUAUUAUGUGCUUCGAUUCCAGGAACCAGGAGAUAUGGAAGCAGGAAUCGCAAAUAGUAUCGGCACAAAAACAUUUCUGAAGAAAUUUCUGUCGCACCGCGAUCCUGCUCCAUGGUUCUUCCCUAAGGGAAAGGGUUUUAAUGGUGACUCGCCAGAUGCUCCCCUGCCAUCUUGGUUAUCAGAAGAGGAUCUCGACUAUUAUUCUGCCAAGUAUGAGAGAACUGGCUUUACUGGUCCUCUCAAUUAUUACCGAGCUUUUGACUUGACAUGGGAACUUACGGCACCAUGGACCGGGGCUCAGGUAAAGGUACCAACAAAACAUAUCGUCGGGGAAUUGGACGUGGUUUAUAAUGUGCCAGGUGCCAAGGAAUUUGUACACAAGGGCGAAUUCCAGAAGUAUGUUCCAUUGCUGCAGGAAGUUGUUGUUAUGGAAGGAACAGCCCACUUCAUCAAUGAAGAAAAGCCCGAUGAGAUCAACAACCACAUUUACCAGUUUCUUAAGCAGUUUAAAGAUUUUCAAACUUAAACAAAUGCUCAUCAUCUUUUAUUUGAUAUUCCUUCUAGCAAAUUAUCGUCUUUAUUUGUUUGAUGAAUAAGGUUGUAAUGAUUUUCACUUUAUCGUGUUCAUGAUCUACAUUAAGUAAUGGAUGCUUGUUUUUUUGCGGAUA